UCCCCAAGGCAGGGGGUUGGAAUUAGAUGAUCUUUAAGGUCCCCUCCAACCUGAGCCAUUCUGUGACUCUGUGAUAUGUAUGAGGAGCAGCCACGGUUUGUUCAGCUGAGAGAAGACAGAGGGGAGGCUUCGUGGCAGCCUGCAGCUCAUUCGUGGCAGCCCACAGCCAACUUAUGAUCUCUGCUGUUUGGUGACAGCAACAGGGCCCAAAGAAACAGCGCAGAGCUGUGUCAGUAGGGUCAGGCUGGGGGUGAGGGAAAGAUUCUGCACCAGAAUGUGGGCUUGGAACAGGCUCCCCAGGGUGGUGGUCGUGGUUCCAAACCCGUCAGUAGUGCUGAAGAAGCAUUUGGACAAUGCUCUUAGAGUUGUGGUUUAACACUCACCUUGCCCUUUGUGGAGUCGGGAGCUGGACUCAGUGCUUGCCAUGGGUUCCUUCCAACUCAGUUAUCCUGUUUUACAAUGGUCAAACAAAAGUAAAUGCUGACAGAUGGUCAGAUAUGUAUGAGCAUGCAGCGUACAUGGAGGUGAUGAAGUGUGCGUGCACACACGUGUGCUCAUGCCCUGUACUCCAUCAGUCAGCUUUACACACACACACACACACAAACCUCUUUGCAGCCACUGCUGAGCCUUUUGCACUGAUCUGCUGAUGUUUCCAGUCCUCCCAGCACGUGAGGAGGGCGUUCUCUAGACAUGUAGUCUCUGAAGCAAGCACUUCUGGGCACAUCAUCCAGGUUGCCCUCUUCUGCAGCAGUUGGUGCUGGGAAGGACGAGGUGUAGGAGCCUGUUGUAACCAUGGCUGCUCCCCUUUCAGACAUACAUUUCUCCUUGCCAGGGUAUGUUCCUGUAUCUGUUUCUUUCUCUCCCUGUAUUUGUCCACUGUAAUGUUCAUUACCAUCAUCUCCUCUUCCUUCUCCUUUUCCUCUUCCUCUCUUCCUCCUCCUCCUCCUCCUCCUCCUCCUCAGAUCCUCAACUCUUGAAGACAGUAUUAAACAGUACGAGCAGGAUCUGGCCAGGAAGCUGUACCAGUCCCGGCAAUGGGCUCCUGCUCCCGGGGCCAGGCCAGCUCAGAUGCCUAGUCCAGUGCAGAGUCACGCCUCGAGAACCCCUGGGUCAGGAAACCAAUCCAGGAUGAAAUCCCUUGAACAGGAUGCUCUUAAAGCCCAAAUGGUCAUUGCCAAGUCCAAGGAGGGAAAGAAGCGCAGCACUCUGGAGCAGGUGACAGAGUCACCUUCACCCGUUCCUACCCCGUCACCAACACCACUGGAAGAUUGCAGUCCCAGGAACGUCACUUCACCAGGAAGGCUGUCCAUGUCUGAAAAGAAGUUUGACUACCGGGAAUUUGCUGCUAUUCCUUCCUCCAAACCUGUUUACGAAAUCCAGGUAUUCACUGCAUGCUGAAUUUCUGCCUGCUGUCGGAUGGGUCAGGGCUUGAUUUAGUGGAAGUGCUGCAUAUGAUGUGACGACCCUCAGAGGCUGAAUGGUGUGAGGAAGAGCUCUUCAGGGUGCCCCCCGUGUAUGGGGCAAUGACAGCUGGCCAUGCUGCACUGAGGAGCCACUGGAGGCGUCAGUCAGGUGUUAAGAAGUUGGUCCAGAUGGUUUUAAAAGCGAUGGCAAAGCCUUUGCAAAUACAAAGCAAUCACAUUUUCACCUUAACUGAUCCUGAAAUGUUUUCAAGCGAAAGAUGAGAACUGAAAGGGAAGGAGAAAAGGUUGCCAACUAAUUGCAAAUGGGAGCUGGUGUUAACUUCAGGGUGGAAUUAUCCAGCAGCCUGCCCCAGAAGCAGCUGUGCUGACAGCUUUCUAAGUUUUAGCUCUGCUGCAGAUAAUCAUGAAGUAAUAAGUUCAUAUGGCAUUAUUAAAAUGAAUAGUGAGCUCUUCUGAAACGUUUGCUAAGCUUAGGGUAAGUAUUAAGUACAAAUUUGGAUUAAUAGAUGAACAAAUGCAGAGCACUUUGACUUCUCUGUCCUUGAAGCACUGUGUGCAGAUAGGCUAAAUUUUCUGUAAGAGCAAAAUAAAUAGGGCUUGGGAUAUUGAUACCAGUCCCCAAGUUUAUCAUCCUGUGUGGAUGAGGAAGGAACUCCUGGAUGAACAGAAUCCUGUCCACCUGGGAAGACUAUAGGAAUGUUGUCAGGGCCUCUGUGGAUGCAGUGAGAAAGGCAGAGACCUUCUGGGAAUUAAACCUUGCAAAGGAGGUAAAGGACAACAAAAUAAGAGGUUUUUUAAAGUAUGUCAACAGUAAAAGGAAGACCAGGGAAGAUGUGGGUCCCCUACUGAAUGAAGUGGGUGCCUUGGUAACAGGGGAUGCUGAGAAGGCAGAGAUUCUGAAUGCCUGCUUUGCUUCGGUGCGUAAUGCUAAGUCUAGCGCUUGGGAAUCCCAAACCCUGCAGGUAAGAGAGAGUGUCUGGGGAAAGGAAGGCUUUCCGUUGGUUGAGGUGGGUCUGGUUAGGGAGCACGUAGCCAAAAUCAACGCUCACAUCCACGGGCCCCAACGGGAUGCACCCACGUGUGCUGAGAGCGAUGCAGCGAUGAUUGCUGAACUGCUCUCUGGUUGGAUACCUGUGUUCCCCAAGGUUCAGUGCUGGGUCUGGUCUUGUUCAACAUCGUCAUUGAUGACCUGGAUGAAGGGAUAGAGUCCACCCUCAGCGUGUU